AUGAAUGAAAUUACCUGUCACCAUGAAAAUCAAACAGCGGUAAAAGUUCUCCUCUGCCAAGAAGAACAAAAUCGUCUACUGAUCGAUUUCCACCAAAUUGCUCAAAAAGAAGAGAUAUUUCAAAAGCAGCAUCCUCUUAAUUGCAUUUGCGACGACCCGGCAUCAACAGGCUGUAAAGUGGCGAAUUUUCUGAGGCUUGAUUUUACCGACUGCACGAAAAAUGAAGCGAGAACUGUGGCAAAAUGCACGCCAAUUGUUGAGUCCGCGACAGAGGAAAUCAAGGGUUUCGAGAAGGUUGAUCCUCCUAAAGAGACAAAAAUUCAAGAGUUUUUCAAGACGAACUAUUCUUUUAGAGAAUGUUGUUUUGAUUGGGAAACAUGUAUUGGAGGAUCCGACGAAACGAAAAGAAUCCUCGAUACUUAUUCGACUCAAAAAAAUUGCAUCGACGCGUAUGAAAUAACAAGCCAAAACGAGUUCUACAAUAUCACCCGAAGUUUCCUCUACAAAUGCGCUCACGUGAUCCCAAUGAAAUCAACUAAGGCCAAGCACAUUAUGCAGUCCUGUCAAAUGAUGAGUCUCCAUUGUCAUCUUGCAUUUGCGAUGACGGAAAAGCAUUUUUGCUCGUGUAACAAGAUGACGGAAAAUCAAACAGACUUUGAACGCUGCUCCGUAUAUCAAGUCUUUCUCGAUCACAAUCCAUGCCUUGCCUAUUUCGAUCCAAGCGCCAAUCUGUCAAAGGCGACUGUUUUGGAGCACAAUGAAGAAGUGCUCCAUGAAAAGAGUUAUUCAAUGGAAUGGAUUCAAGUUAUAAUAGGAAAUCGCAUUCAGAUCAAUUUUUGA